GGGUUUAUCGUUUUUCCUGUGUCACGGUAGCAUUGAGAAGAAAGAAAAAUGUCCUCUGGGGCCUUAUUUCCGAGCUUGGUGUCUGGGUCACGUGGCUCAUCCAGCAAAUACCUUGUGGAAUUCCGUGCUGGGAAAAUGUCCCUAAAAGGUAGCACUGUGACCCCCGACAAACGCAAAGGUCAAGUUUACAUUCAGCAGACUGAUGACUCUCUUAUUCACUUCUGCUGGAAGGACAGGACAUCUGGGAACGUCGAAGAUGACUUGAUUAUUUUUCCGGAUGAUUGUGAGUUUAAGAGGGUCAAUCAGUGCACAACAGGUCGUGUAUAUGUGCUCAAGUUUAAAGCAGGUUCCAAGAGGCUCUUCUUUUGGAUGCAGGAACCCAAAACCGAUAAAGAUGAGGAGUACUGCAGGAAAGUAAAUGAGUAUCUGAACAAUCCACCCAUGCCUGGUGCCCUAGGUGGUGGAAGUGGCAGCAGUCAUGAACUUUCUGCUCUUGGAGGUGAAGGUGGCCUGCAGAGUCUUCUGGGUAAUAUGAGUCAUAACCAAUUGAUGCAGCUUAUUGGGCCAACUGGACUUGGAGGUCUUGGUGGUCUGGGGGCUUUAGCUGGACCAGGACUUGCCAGCCUGCUUGGAGGUAGUGUUCCAGCAACCAGCAGUUCAUCCUCAAGCUCUCGCAGUCAGUCUACUGCUGCCACUCCUUCCUCAACUUCAGCAGCUACGCGGAUCAGCUCCUCUCAGGUCCCGACAACUCCUACCACCCCUUCUGCUGCCACUGGAGCCUCUCCUAUAACCACACCAACAACCCCAGCUGCCCCCGCUACCCCUGCUGCCGUUACCAGCCCUACCCAGCCCAUUCAGCUCAGUGACCUGCAGAAUAUCCUGGCAACCAUGAAUGUUCCUGCAGCUGGUCAAGCAGUUGAUCUUGCCAGUGUUUUAACACCAGAGAUCAUGGCACCAAUCCUGGCCAAUGCUGAGGUCCAGCAGAGGUUGCUUCCUUUCCUCCCAUCUGGAGAGUCUCUACCUCAGAGCACAGAUGAGCUCCAUCACACGCUCACCUCUCCGCAAUUUCAGCAGGCUAUGAGUUUGUUCAGCAGUGCUCUAGCAUCCGGGCAAUUGGGACCCCUGAUGAAUCAGUUUGGUUUACCCCCAGAAGCUGUAGAGGCAGCCAAUAAAGGAGAUGUAGAAGCGUUUGCCAAGGCUAUGGAGGGCGAAGCUAAAUCGGAGCAAGGGGGAGAACCUAAAGACAAGAAAGAUGAUGAGGAAGACAUGAGCCUCGAUUAGAUCAGUCAAUUCUUUAUGUAGGUUAAACAGACUUUCAGCCUGAAUUUGUCUUUUAGUUGGUAUAGCUUGUCAACAGUGGGUUUCCCUAAUAGCCCUGUUAUCUGUAAUUUACCUACUACAUAAUAAGUGCUUGGUUAAAAUAAAUAAGCUUGCAAAGGGG